AUGGUGAUUGAAGUUACAGUAAAACCUCUUUUAGUUUACUGCUCGGAAAAUCCAAGAACAUUGAAAAAUAAAUCUAAAUCUGACUUGCCUGUGAUUUGGAAGUCGAAUCGUAAAGCUUGGGUUGCAGCUUCCCUUUUUGAGGACUGGUUUGGUCAUCACUUAAUACCUGAAGUCGAACGUUCUUGCCAAUCUAAACAAAUUCCAUUUAAAGUGAUGCUAAUAAUCGACAACGCGCCAUGUCAUACUCUUGCAACUUUAACUAAUUUUGACCCACGUGUGAAAGUUGUAUUUUUGCCACCAAGUACAACCAGCUUGCUUCAACUGAUGGAUCAGGGAGUCAUCAAAACAUUCAAAGCUUAUUACACGAGACGAUCGUUUGCCCAUCUGCAUGGAGCUAUGAGACAAAACAACGAGCUCUCUGUUAAAGACUUUUGGAAACAAUUCAAUGUUUUAGAUGCAGCGGAAUCAGUACUAGAGACUGAUGAAAUUGGUAAUGUGAUUGAAGAAGUUAUCGAUUUUGCCAGGCAAAUAAAUUUAGAAGUAGAUAGUGAUGACGUUCGAGAACUGCUGGAUUCCCACAAUCAGGAGCUGACAAUUGAUGAGGUCAUAGAAAUGCGUGAGCAAGAGCAAGAUAUUGAAGAACUUGAUUCUUUAGACUAG